CAUCAUACGCAGCGCAGACAAAAUCAUCUCAGCUUGCUAUCACCAACUCGCGCAAGCAUGGAUGCAGCUCUGGUGAGUGUAGCAACGGGGGCCCUGAAACCCGUGCUGGAGAAGCUGGCCGCUCUGCUUGGCGACAAGUACAGGCGUUUCAAGGAAGUGCGCGACGAGAUCAAAUUCCUCACCGACGAGCUCGCAGCCAUGCACAAUUUCCUCCUCAAGAUGUCGGAGGUGGAGGAUGAGGAUCCUGUUGUUCAGGACAAGGCAUGGAUGAAUGAGGUGCGGGAACUGUCCUAUGACAUCGAGGACCACCUCGAUGACUUCGUGGCGCGUGUCGAUGACGACAGAUCUGCCAAGCCAGAUGGCUUCAUGGAGAAGAUCAAGUACCUCUUGGACAGGACGAAGGCUCGCCGUGGGAUCGCCAAGGCCAUACAAAGUUUGAAGAAACAAGUCGUUGUGGUGGGGAAGCGACACGCAAGGUACGCCACUCGCGAGGCCAUCUCCAAGCCUAGCAACGCCAUGGUUGAUCCUAGAGCUCUUGCUAUAUUUAAGGAUGUAUCCAAGCUCGUUGGCAUCGAUGGACCAAAGGACGAGCUUAUCCAACUAUUGUCCGAACCAACGCAGCAACAAUCAAGGGUGGUCUCCAUUCAUGGAUUUGGAGGUCUAGGCAAGACAACUCUUGCAAACCAAGUAUAUAAAGAGCUUGUCGGACAAUUCGAUUGUCAUGCUUUCUUAUCUGUGUCACGCAAUCCAGACACGAUGAAAGUUUUGAGAACUAUUCUAAGCCAAGUGACCGGGAAAGAUUAUGUUAAUACAAAAGCUGGGGGUGAACAACAACUUAUCACUGAGAUCUCCAGUUUCCUCCUUGACAAAAGGUACAUUGUUGUAGUCGACGAUAUAUGGAACAUCAAAGAAUGGAACGUUAUGAAGUAUGCAUUCCCCAUCACCACUCUUGGCAGCAGAAUAAUAACCACUACUCGUAAUAUUGAUGUCGCUCAAUCUUGUUCAUCACGGAAAAAUAUUUAUAAAAUAAAGCCUCUUAAUGUGGUGCAUUCAAGACAGCUUUUUUGCAUAAGGCUUUUCAACUCCGAAGAAGAUUGUCCUUCACACCUUAAAGAAGUUUCUGAUCAAAUAUUGGAAAAAUGUGGAGGCUUACCUUUGGCAAUUAUAGCUAUAUCUGGUUUGUUGGCUAACACAGAAAGUACAAAUGAUCAAUGGGAUCGAGUGAAAAAAUCAAUUGGUUGUGCGCUAGAAAGAAAUCCUAGCAUUGAAGCAAUGAUAAAGAUAUUGUCUCUUAGUUACUUUGAUCUUCCUCCUCAUCUUAAAACAUGUCUACUGUACUUGAGUAUAUUCCCAGAAGAUCAGGUCAUUAAGAGGAAGGCUCUGAUAAGGAGAUGGAUUUCUGAAGGAUUUAUUCGUAAAGAAGAGAGAUACACUUUGCAUGAGUUAGGAGAGAGGUGUUUUAAUGAGCUCAUAAAUAGGAGCUUGAUUCAACCUGCUGCGAGAAAUACAUAUGGCAAGGUGGUGAGUUGCCGAGUUCAUGACACAAUUCUUGAUUUUAUCAUAUCCAAGUCAAUUGAAGAGAACUUCGUUACUUUAGUUGGUGUUCCUAAUUUAGCUAUAGGGACGCAAAGCAAAGUUCGACGGCUCUCUCUUCAAGUUAAAGAUGAAGGAAAUUGCAUCCCGCCGGCAAACCUGGUGUUGUCUCAUGUCCGGUCACUUAAUGUGUUUGGGAAUACAGUGAAAAUCCCUUCUAUGACGGAGUUCAGGCAUUUACUGGUUCUCGACUUCGGGGGUUGCCGCCAAUUGGAAAACCAGCAUCUGGUAAAUAUAGGGAGGUUAUUUCAGUUAAGGUACUUGAACCUCAGACAAGUUGGGGUAAGUGAGCUUCCAAAAGAAAUCAAGCAUCUGCAAUGCCUUGAGAUGCUGGACCUAAGAGACACCAACGUGCGUGAAUUACCGACAGUGAUUGUUAAUCUCGGUAGCUUGGUGCAUCUGCUUGUUGACAAUUGUGUCACAUUUCCUGAUGGAGUUUCGAAGAUGCAAGCACUGGAGAUGUUGAAACGGGUCAGAGCCUUGAAGCAGUCAUCUAACUUUCUCCGAGAACUUGGGCAGCUGAAGAAUCUGAGGAAGAUAUACCUUGAUCUGUUUGAUGUUCCUGUAGCUGGGGUUACCAAGAAGUGCUGCAAGAAUUCCACUGCCUAUCAAUCUCUCCGCAACCUAGGCACGCAAAACCUCCGUUCUGUAACCAUCUGGAAUGGCGGCAGCUUCUUACUCGAACCAUGGAGCCCGACCCCAGUUGGCCUCAAGAAGCUCAUGACCUGGCGUUCGGCAGUUGCUCAGGUUCCAGCCUGGGUGGGUUCCCUCGUCAACCUGCAAAAGUUACGCCUUGAAGUGGAGGGUCUUGAGCCGGAAGAUCUGUGCAUACUUGGAGGCUUACCGGCUCUUCUCACACUGGAUCUCGAGGAAACAACAAAGUCAUCAAAAGGCAAACUCAGUGUCAGUGGAGGAGACGGGUUUCGAUGCCUGAGGAACCUGCGUUAUAAUAUGAUGUUAAUGUUUACACAGGGAUGUAUGCCCAGGCUGGAAAGGAUCAAUAUUUAUCUCAGCAUAGCUAAAACAGAGUCUCUCGCCGGCGGUGACAUUGAUACCUAUGAUUUCGGCAUUGAGAACCUCCCAUGCCUCACCUCUAUUGAGUGCAGAGUAAGUGGCACCACCAGCGUUGAAGGUCUUGAGGCUGCAAAGGCUGCCAUGGAGAGAGCAGCUAUGAAAAAUCCCAACCAUCCUAACCUACAACUUCUGAAUUUCCAUGUUGGGUGCUAGUCCCAAGCACGCUGGCACUUCAGGCGAUCUUCUUGUGUGCGGACUUGUCAGAACUCAUGGUCUGGAGGGGAUAGAAUUCCCGUGGAAGAACAUGUGCUGAUGAUGCGAUGAGCCGAUGAGUCGCCUAUUAGGAGUUUCAUCAUUUCGUGUUUACUCUUCUUAUUUUUACUUUCUUUGAGCCGAUUUGUCUUGGUGUUCUCCCUGGUUAAGGCCCUGUUUGAAAUCAUAAUAGAUUAUGAUAAUCUGGAUUAUGAAGAUAGAUUAUAUAAUCUGGUUUAUAAAAAUAAUGUAGGUGGAUAUGUUUGGAGGUUAGAUUAUAUAAACUAUAAUUCAAGUUUUACAUUGCAUAAUGACCUGUCUGCCCUCUGUUUUUUUUAAAAGAGGAGGAUG